UGACCAUCGAGUCGUUGCAUGUGAUUUAUUACACAUUUAUAGUGUUUUUGUGACGUUAAAAUUUUACAUAAUAUAUAUGUAGCCUUUUGUUUAUUUAUACAAGUAUUGUUUCUUAAAUCUUGUGAAUUAUAUAGAUGACGUCAAACAAAAAGAAAUUAAAAUAAAAUUGCAAUAGAAUGCAAAAGCUUAAGAUGCGUUUACGAAUAUAUCAUACAAGUACGACUAUACUAUAUACUUGUAUUUCGUCUUGGGAGAUAUAUGGACCUUAGUAUAAAAUGCAUUUUCGCUCUUUUCUUCUUCUAAUUUGCCUUUUAUUCUAAAGCUAUCAUUUAGAACCAGAGUCCAAAAGGUACCAGCAGACAUCAUUUAAACUUAAUAAUCUUUUCCUUAACAGAAAGGUUAUUAUCGUUUUUCCUAUAGAUUAAUGUCUAUAUUUGUCCACAAAUUAUAUCAUCAUAAUACAUAACACUAAUAAGCAAGAUUUUGUGUAUGGAGAGACACAGACAAUAAUAAUAUAAACUAAAUGGGGGUAUAUAUUGAAAUAGUAUGACAAUAAAUAGAUAGAUUCAAGUAAAUACUUGGAAGCACGUUAAGAUGCGGGUUUCUUGGUGUUGGACCACUCGUUUUGGUUCUAUUUUUUCAUCUUUGUCAACGUUUUGGUUGCAGAUUAUUCUGAUUAUAUUAUCGUACAUACUAAAGAAUACAAUAUUAUUGUUACCAUAGUCACUAACAUUGAUACAGGUUGGAUUUUUUUUUUCAAGUAAGAAAUCCGUAAAUACAUAUUCCCCAUCGGCCACAGAUGAUCCAUCCACUUAUUAUUAAACAUUUUCACCGGUUAAUAACAAUUUGUUGCUAUUUGAACCCAAUACUAUCUAUGAUAUAAGUUAUCGAUACAAUCAAAGUAAGAAAUCUUUACAAAUCAAUGAGUCAAAAUACAUGUAGUUAGUCCGUUACUGUUUCCAAAGGAAGAGAAGUUUAUCGAAGGAAACAGAUUUGCCUCAUAAAUUAGUUUGACUUAAGAAUAACCUUUAUAAAACAACAAAUCUCCACCUAAUUACUGCCAUAAAAAUGAAUACAAACUGUCAUCAGUUAUCACAGAUCAUGUAUCAAAACUCAUUCUUCUUAAAUGUAUCCAUACUUUCUACUUUGAAUCUUUGCAAGAAAGUGGCCUAUAAGUUCUGUAAACUAUAAUACAUUUUAGAGACAAAAGCAUCCACCUAUAACAAUACUAUAAUCAUGACCAAACGACGUAUUUGUUACAUAGUUUCUGGAAUCAUUUCCAUCCUUUUUAUCACCUUUAUGACCAUUUUGAUCCUUUCGCAGACCGUGUUCAAACCAAAACAUCCUGUAUUACAAACCUUGUCUUCGACUGUUGAAGGUGUAUCCACACAUAUAUCACCGCCACUUGACGUCCAGAUCAAUUUCACACUUACACUCCAAAUGCUGUUGAAGAAUCCUAAUCUUGUCGAUUUCGAAUACAAGACAGUAGAAAACUUGGUUUAUUAUAGGGAUAUUCUGGUGGGAAAUCUCACUCUUCCUUCGAGCACACUUCCCGCCAAAGGCUCCGCGAUUUUGCCAUGUCCUCUUGUUCUUCAGAUCGAUAAAUUUGUUGCCAAUUUAGGUGAUAUUUUGCAAGAUAUAUUGCAAAGAAAAAUUGUGAUAGAAACAAAGGCAAAUAUGCCAGGGAAAAUUACAGUGUUGGGAAUCUUUAAGGCACACUUGAACACAACAUCACAUUGCAAACUCGUACUUAGCGUUCCUUCAAUGGAAGUGGUGGAUCAAGUGUGUGAUCUUGAAGCUAAACUAUAAACCUUGAUGUUUUUUUUCAGGCAAACUUAGGCUUAAUAAGGCAUAUUAGCUCUAGUUUAAUUAAUGUUCUUAUUUUGGGUCAAAACUCUAGUUUCAUGUUAUCAUAAAGAUUGUAUGCUGUUGUGUUCUCUUGUGUUGUUUAAUUUUUUUUCCAAUUGAACUCUAAAUCAAGGUGUUAGUUAAGUUAACUCCACAUGAAUUCAAAGUGAUGAGUAUGGUUAAACAAAGGAAAAAUAUAAUAUAUUUUUCUUUUUUUUUUUGAAGAGAAGAAAACUAAACCUCCAGAGAAAUAAAAGACAGUUUAGCUUGUAUACGAGAUGCAUGUGAAAUACCGAAAUGAUAGAAUAGUUAAAUAGUGAAAUAGAAAACAUUUAUCUGAGUACAAAGGUUAUGAAAAAUGAUCAUGAAACAUUAAAAACCUUACUGAUUAAAUAUGUGACAUUAGAAGGUAUGUUUAAAAAUCUUAGAGCUCAUAAAAUAUAUACUUAACGUAUUAUUAAAUAUGAUCCAAACAUAUAUCGUGAUGUAGAGCAUGAUCCAUGAUAAAGGAAAUGGGUUCGAUCUGUUAUCUAUUACACGUUAGAACCUUCACUAAAUUUGUCUUGAGAUUCUGUAAAAUAAUUUUCAGAAAGGGACAAUUUAACUUUCUGAUUUUCAUACUGCUGUACACACAUUUGUUCACAAAUUAUUUUGUAGUCAAGCCUUAAACUGAGUUAGAUAAAACGAAAGAGCGUGAAAUAGCUUUGUCACGAGAAGACUUCAACAAAAUCUCCAAAUUUGCAAACUUUCACCAUCUCUUCACUCAUAACGAUAACAAGGUAAUUUUCUGAUUUUCUUAAUGUUGUGACUUUUGGAUGUUUCGAUUAUAGCUAAUUACCUCAAAUUUUAUUCUAACUUGAAUUUGGAUGUAGAGACAACCAUCUCUCACAUCAAGUCGUUAGUUAGUCACAUCUUAAGCGGAAAAUGUGUACUUGAUCUCAUAUGACCAAACUGCCUCUAGAAAAUCAUUCACAAUGAAUCGAGAAAUGAAGCAUAAAAAAAAGGUCUACAAGAUCGUGGAAGAUCUACUCAUACGGUCCAAAACCCAACAUUCUCCAAGUCUUUAUGAUGGAAAUGCACCCAGAGAUGAUCUAUGUUGGUGUCUAGCUAAGUCUAGAAAGCUUCAGAUCUACACAGAGAUCCAAGAGGUCAUCGGAUGACUAGAUCACCAAUUUCUAAUGUGGAUCAACUCUGGAAGUUUCUGGAUUCAUCAUCUCCUAAAGAACUUAGCAACUCCUCUCACUGGUAAAGUUUCGAUUCUUAUUCCUUAAAUAUAAUUGUUUUUAUUUUUU